AUGACCUCUGCAUCAGCACGGCCUGAGAGACGGUCUCUAAGCGUAGAUUCUGUAACACCAUAUGCCUUGGCUCCUUUCCUCUGGGUCAUUCCUGAAGCUGCUGCUUCCAACACCUAUGUGAGGGAAGACGCCCCCGUUGAUGACACCGUCCUCUUUCAAGUCCUCUGCAGUUCAGGAUGCACGGAACUCUUCAUUCUUGCCGCGUCCCCCAAUGAGAAUGAGCAAUUCUUCAAAAUUCUCCAGAGCAAUGAUACAUCAGCCGAUCUGGGUUGGGCCAAACCCCAUGCCUUUGAGGAUUUCAUGGGCGAAGAUGAAAUUAUCAUAUGGCUUCAGGGAAAUUUGCAGUCCUUUGUCUUACUCAUUUUGCCUGUGAACGACAAAAAACCCUAUUGGGACAAUUUACCGCUGCAGAUUUCCGUUGAAGAAGGAUUCGUGGGAGAAGUGCCUGGAGUAAGCAACGAGUAUUGGAUCAAGGCCUUAGACGAUGACUUCGGGGACAAUGGGUCUCUUUCCUACAGCUUGAGCCAUUACAACGGGAAAGAGAGGCAUUCUGAGCACACACCCCGCUCCCUACUUAGGGAGGACCGAUACGGACUUUUCCGCGGGGACGUAUACAACGUCCCCGCGUAUUAUACUUGUGGUUCCCUUUCAUCCCUGGAGGGAAGAUGA